GGAGGGGAGCGAGGAGAGGGAGGGGCCCGCCUGCCGCGCCCCGGCCGCUCGGCGUGUGUGGCCGCAGGCGCCCGUCGCCGCUGCUGUCCCGGGGCUGAGCCGCGCCCGGGUUUCCAGGAAGGUGCGUGAGCGAGUGUGUGUGUCCGCGCGGGCGAGCGCCGCGCCGGCCCGGAGCCUCUCGCUCGCUUCCACGGGCCGCGGUGCAUGUUCGCCUCCUGCCACUGUGUGCCGAGAGGCAGGAGGACCAUGAAAAUGAUCCACUUUCGGAGCUCCAGCAUCAAAUCGCUCAGCCAGGAGAUGAAAUGCACCAUUCGGCUGCUGGACGACUCGGAGAUCUCCUGCCACAUCCAGAGGGAGACCAAAGGGCAGUUUCUUAUUGACCACAUCUGCAACUACUACAGCUUGCUGGAGAAGGACUACUUCGGCAUUCGUUUUGUGGACCCAGAGAAGCAGCGGCACUGGCUCGAACCUAACAAGUCCAUCUCCAAGCAAAUGAAAUCUCAUCCACCAUACACCAUGUGCUUUAGAGUGAAAUUCUACCCACACGAACCCUUGAAGAUUAAAGAAGAGCUCACCAGGUAUCUUUUGUACCUGCAAAUUAAAAGAGAUAUUUUCCACGGUCGACUGCUCUGCUCCUUUUCAGAUGCUGCCUACCUGGGUGCCUGUAUCGUCCAAGCUGAGCUCGGUGACUAUGAUCCUGACGAGCAUCCUGAGAAUUACGUCAGUGAGUUUGAGAUUUUCCCCAAGCAGUCACAGAAGCUGGAAAGAAAAAUAGUGGAAAUUCAUAAAAAUGAACUCAGAGGCCAGAGCCCACCAGUUGCUGAAUUUAACUUACUCCUGAGAGCUCACACUUUGGAAACCUAUGGGGUGGAUCCCCACCCAUGCAAGGAUUCAACAGGCACAACAACGUUUUUAGGAUUCACUGCUGCAGGCUUUGUGGUAUUUCAGGGAAAUAAGAGAAUCCAUUUGAUAAAAUGGUCGGAUGUCUGCAAAUUGAAGUUUGAAGGGAAGACGUUUUAUGUGAUUGGCACCCAGAAGGAGAAAAAAGCCAUGUUGGCGUUCCAUACUUCAACACCAGCUGCCUGCAAACAUCUUUGGAAGUGUGGGGUGGAGAACCAGGCCUUUUAUAAGUAUGCAAAAUCCAGUCAGAUCAAGACUGUGUCAAGCAGCAAGAUAUUUUUUAAAGGAAGCAGAUUUCGAUAUAGUGGCAAAGUUGCCAAAGAGGUGGUGGAGGCAAGCUCCAAAAUCCAGAGGGAGCCUCCAGAGGUGCACAGAACCAACAUUACUCAGAGCCGCAGUUCCCACUCCUUGAACAAACAACUCAUCAUUAACAUGGAGCCCCUGCAGCCCCUGCGGCCGUCCCCCAGCGAGCAGGAAGAGGAACUUCCACUGGGUGAGGGUGUUCCAUUGCCCAAAGAAGAUGACAUUUCUGCCCCCUUGACCUCCAGCUCACCAGUAAAGGAAUCCCAUGAGUAUGAAGAGCCCUCAAGUGAAGAGGAAGAUAAAAUAAAAGAAGAGCCCUUGACCAUCUCUGAACUGGCAUACAACCCAAGUGCCAGCCUGCUCCCUACCCCCAUUGAUGAUGAUGAGAUUGACAUGCUCUUUGACUGUCCAUCUAGGCUGGAGUUGGAAAAAGAAGACACAGAUUCGUUUGAGGAACUAGAAGCAGAUGAAAACGCCUUUUUAAUGGCCGAAGAAGAAGAGCUGAAGGAGGCUCACCAAGCUUUGUCAUGGAGCUAUGACAUUCUGAGUGGCCAUAUUCGGGUGAACCCACUGGUCAAGAGUUUUUCCCGGCUCCUUGUGGUGGGCCUGGGCCUGCUGCUCUUUGUAUUCCCCCUGCUCCUCCUCCUUUUGGAGUCAGGUAUUGAUCUCUCCUUCUUAUGUGAAAUCCGCCAGACGCCCGAGUUUGAGCAGUUUCACUAUGAAUACUACUGUCCUCUCAAGGAGUGGGUGGCUGGCAAAGUCAACCUCGUUCUUUACAUGCUGGGUUGCUCAUAAAGCUCAUAUCUCAUAUGACUAAGGGCUAUAUUCAAUACUAGUGAUUUCUUUUUUUUUCAGCAAAGGCCUUGUUCUGAAUGGUCACAGGACCAUCAACAGGUGUUCUUUACUCAUAACUGAUUAUUCAGACCUUUAAGUUAGCUUUCCAUAAUUCACUGCAAGUAAAUAAGUUUAAAUCAAAUACAGUUAUUUUAGUUACAGGUCAGGAAGAUGGCCUCUAAAUAACCAAAAAUAUGUUUAUUUUUUAUUAUAGUACAGACAUACUCUUUAUCUAUUAUAAUAAAUUGAGCUGAAUUAGAUUUCCUCCUUUUUUAAUAGUUAACACCAUUAUAAGCUAUGAGGUUCAGAAUCCGAGUUUUAGUAAAAACCCAAGAGAAACUUUUUUGAAUAUAAUCCUUAGCGAAAACAAUGUUCUCUAACCAAUGCCUAUACAACUAAAUUUAUGCUGGGCUUUUGUUUUUGUUUUUUUAAAAAUAUUUUUAUGUGUUCAAAAUAUUUUGGUAAAUUUUUAGCAAAAAAAAAAAAAAAAAGAA